GUGUGUGUGUGUGUGUGUGUGUGUGUGUGUGUGUGUGUGUAAGAGAGUGUGUAAGAGAGUGCGCGCGCGCAACUCCACGCCACCGGACACACAACACAACUCAGCUCAGCUCCCAGCUCACUUUCCUAUUUUUCCUGGAUUAGCCGCUUUUUUUCUCUGGAGGCUCCUUCUGAAGAACAACUCUCCUAAACUCGGGGUUUCAACUUUGCGCUCACUUUUUCAUCUAUUUUCUCUGCGGGAGCAUCGUUGCUGUUGUUGUUGUUUGUUUUUUUUAUAGAAGCGGGAUGUUUAUUUGCGUUUAAUGGAAAUUUUGCACGGGGAAAAAAAGACCUCAGACUAUCUACAGUGUUGGCAGAGGCGUUUUACUGCUGCGCGAGCGCCAGGCAUUUCUCUAAACACAUGCACGCAGAACAACGUUUUCAGCGCGCGCGAGCUGGAAAUAUGCGUCAGAUUUCUGGGUUUUCGGUGUGAGUUCCCUGUUUGCAUGGACUCUCUGGAUCUUAGCCGGAGUUAGCUUUAGCUUCAGUGGCUGUAACCCAGGUUGUUUAUAGGCCCGCAGAUUACAAAUGCUCAAUGCAUUUGUCUAACUAAUGGUGUUUGCAUCUUUGUAUAUAUAAAAACCACAUUUAUAAAAAUAUAUAUAAAUGCAACACGUUUUUGCUCGUCAUACAAGACGAAAGGAACAACUUUUGUUUCUUCUUAUUGGAUAGAAGUAUAAAAAUCUGUUUUUUCCCCCAACCGAAUAUUCGAUUAACAAAGCCACCACUGUUCCGUACCUACACGAUUAAAUGCAAGCAAGUUUACGAUUAUUUCAUUUAAGAUUGAAUAACAGCACAAAGACAAGUUGCAAGGAAUUCAGGCAGAUUACAUCAAUCGAGAUUUAAAGUCGACUUGAUUAUUCGAUUAUUGCACGUGUAUUCCUCGGUUCUCCUUCGUCUAAUGAUCCAUGCAGGACUUUUUUGAGCCAGUUUUUCCUUUUCUUUGAGUUAGACUUUUUUUCCCUUUUUUUUUAAAGAUGCGAUAAAGUUUCAGAAAAAUGAUCUAGACAGUUUUUUGGGGGGGGACUGGAGACUUUUCUGCUCUCCAAGCCACUGAUGCUGCUCUGCACUGACUGAUGAUUUUGCAUGGUUUUAAAGUAUGCCAUUUGGAUUUAAAUUGCACAGAAGCUGUAAAAAGGAAGCCCAAUGAGCGACACACAGCCAACACUCACUGACAGGUUUUCCAAAAAAGUAAUCAGAACCAGUAGCAUUCUUAAUAGAGAUCAUCCCCCGGACAAAAAGCCCAAAAGUGACAAGGCUUUCGUUUCUCCAGGACAAGAUUUUGACUCAACAGGGCUUGUUCAGAGAUGUGUGAUCAUUCAGAAAGAUGAGAACGGUUUUGGACUGACAGUGAGCGGAGACAACCCUGUGUUUGUUCAACUCGUCAAGGAGGAUGGAGCUGCUAUGCGUGCAGGGGUUCAGAAUGGGGACAGGAUCAUUAAGGUCAAUGGCACCUUGGUGACACAGUCAAACCAUGGUGAAGUGGUGAAACUGAUCAAAUCUGGGUCCUAUGUAGCCCUUACUGUGUUGGGCCGUCCACCUGGGUUACCCCAGAUCCCUCUUUCAGAGGUUAAUCUGAACCUAGAGUCUCUAGAGGAUAAUGGGGCAUCCCCAGACUCUUUCACACGUUCGCCAAGACACAUCCGGAGCAAAUGGGACUACAAGGAAGAGAACAGUGUCCUGCACAGCAUGAAACUGGACAACUUGGAGAAAAAGCAGGUUAAAGAAAGCCAGGAGGUGCAGGAAGAGUAUGUCAAGAGUCCCACCCUCCAGCUAUUGAGGGACAUCCAGGAAGCCAAAAGAAACACACAGAGAGCUACAGAGAAUAUCCUCCCUUCUGGAGACGGUGAGUGUGGCGGAGUGGUGGAUGUGGACCAGGCCAGUUCAGAUGGCUGGUGGAGCCCUGCGCUGCACCGCCGCCACACAGCUUCUCCAAAGUCUAUUGGCCAGAAAGACUCGAACAGUCCAAAGAGCACACAAGAAGACAGCCACAACUCAAGCCCUUCACCUGCUAUUGCAGACACCUCUGACAUGGACUCGCACCUCCAUUCUGGUGUGAAAAGUGCUUCCUCUCAUCUUGCCUCUCCAAUCAUUGGAGCUGAGGAUGACUACUUUGACUCAGAACAUGAGCAGGUGAAUGUGCAGUAUAACUGGUUCCAGAGUUUGGAGCUGCUAAAGAGUCGGCCAGCCAAUCUUGCAGCUUUCCUGCACUACGUGGUGUCCCAGUUCGACCCUGCUCCAGUGCUUUGUUAUCUUUAUGCUGACCUUUACAAGCUGACCAACUCCAAAGAAACCAGGCGCAUUUUCAUGGACUUCUUCACUUUUUUCAUUGACAAAGGGGCUAACUUAAAAGUAACUGUGCCUGAAUCAAUCUCUUCCGAACUUGAGCGACGGAGGCCAGAGCUGAUUCCUGAGGACUUGCACAGACAAUAUGUUCAGACAAUGCAAUACACACUUCUCCCUGAAGUGAACAGAAUUCUAGAGGACUUCAGACAUAAGCACAGUAUGGGACUAACCUUAGCUGAGGAAGAGCUAGCUCAUCUGGACACAGAGCAGCUAAAAGACGCCACUGCUCUGGAGAGGGAGAGAUCCUGUGCUGAGAACAUCCUGACCAAAAUAGAUGACAUUCUGUUGUCCUCACUAGCUGCAGAAGAAGAAAAGUGUACCACUAUACAGUAUGUGAUCUACAUCUACAUGAAGCAUCUGGGUGUGAGAGUCAAAGAGCACCGCAACCUAGAAUCUAAACGUGUACGCAUAAAUUUCCUGCCCAAGAUCAAGAAGAGCAGCAAGCUGGAGAAAGAAGGAGAAGAAAAAGUGAAGAAGCCUCGUUUUAAUAUCCUAGGGCCUCAGCGCCGGCCAAGCCGCAUUGAAACAACACCUGGAGGUCGUGCUGUGGAAGGAAACAAGCCUAGGCCACUGAAGCAGAUGUCACAGCCAGCAAUGGGGAAGUGUGAAGUGGUAGACGGUGGACGUUUACGGGGUAGCCUGUCGAGCGAGGGUCCGGACCUCAUUCAAAACUCAACAGUCAACAACAGCAUUCCCUCCUACAGCCCUGUCUCAGAUCCAGCCUUGAGGGACAUAGACAGCUGUGUGAGCCCAUCCUUCAUGCUCCAACGGUUAAGUGAUGGUAUGCAGGUUGGAGAAGGGCUGGACAUGGCAUACCCCUCAUAUGAUUGCAUGACCUAUGGCAUUGAACAUCUUGAUGAAGACAGAGAUGGAGACAGAUUUGUGGAUGUAGGGACACCAAAACUGAGCAGAAGGCUAGAGGAGACCCUGAGUGAGGACGAUGGGGUUUACUCCGACAUGGAUCCUCCAAACUGGCAGCAGCUUGUCAAGAUGGAAGUUCUAUCUGAACUGACGACUCAGGAGAUCAAGAGACAGGAAGUUAUUAAUGAGCUGUUCUACACGGAGCGGGCACAUGUUCGCAUGCUGAAAGUCCUGGACAAUGUCUUCUACCAAAAGCUGACCCGUGACAACAUACUGCCCUUAUCUGACAUUAAAAACAUCUUCAGCAACUUGGAGGAGAUCAUCCAGCUCCAUGUGUCAAUUUCGGAGCAGAUGGCCGCCAUACGCAAGAGGAAUGAAACAUCAGUGGUUGACCAAAUUGGAGACGAUUUGCUGUCUUGGUUCAGCGGAGAAGAGGAAGAAAAAAUGAGGAACGCAGUAGGCACCUUCUGCAGUAACCAGCCCUUUGCGCUGGAGCUCAUCAAGAGCCGUCAAAAGAAGGACCAGCGCUUCCUCACUUUCAUGCAUGAGGCAGAGAGUAAUCGGAUGUGCCGGAGGCUGCAGCUGAAGGACAUCAUCCCUGCUGAGAUGCAAAGGCUCACCAAGUACCCAUUACUGUUGGAGAACAUCGCCAAGUACACUGGUGAUCCAGAGGAGAAAGACAAGGUGAGGAAAGCGGCCGAUUGUUGUCGCAAGAUCCUCAACCACGUUAACCAAGUGGUGAAGGAGUCAGAAAAUAAACAGCAUCUGGAGGACUACCAGAGACGCCUGGACUUCUCCUCUCUGAAGCAGAGUGAGAAUCCACUCAUUUCUGAGUUUAAGAAUCUAGAUCUCACCAAAAAGAAGUUAAUGCAUGAAGGUCCAUUGAUGAAGCUGAAUAAAGACAAGACUGUUGAGUUAUACACACUACUGCUUGAGGACAUCCUGGUGCUUUUACAGAAGCAAGAUGAAAGACUCAUUCUGAAAUGCCACAGUAAGAACCGUGCAGGCUCGGCCGACACGCAGCAUAUCUUCAGCCCUGUCAUCAAGCUCAACACUGUACUUGUACGGUCAGUGGCCACAGACAACAGGUCCUUUUUUGUGCUCUCCAUGUCGGAUAACGGAGCUCAGAUCUAUGAACUGAUGGCCCAAACAGUGUCUGAACAGAGAAUAUGGCAGAGGCAUAUUAUUCAGCGAGCAGAUGCAAUGAAGUCCAGGCCACACGGCGUCAUUCCUCUGCCCCCAUCUGCAGCGGAGAAAAAUGGAGUCAGAGUUAGUAAACUUGCCAAAGCUCCAGAACAAAAGUGUGCUAGCAGUAGCUCAGGUAAAGCCUGUGAUGCUGUAUCUGAUCAUUCCACCAACAAUGGAGAGCAGGAGCAAACUCAAGCACAUGGCAAUGAUGAAUGGUCUUAUCCUGAACCAGAGCUGCUGGAUGGCUGUGGCACAGACUUACCAUCCUCUUCUUGCAGGGCCGAUGAAGCUCUGAAAACCUUGGCAGCUUUAAAGCAGGUGCUGGUAACUCAGCUGAUGGCCCAGAACGACGGGGAGCGGAUUGGCCGGCGUCUCCUCAGGACAACAUCUUUGCGCACAUCAUGCAGGUCUCAGGAUGCCUCCUCAGGGGACACAGGUUUUUUUGAAGGCAUUGAAGACUAUGCAGGCUACCUGGUACUGGAGGGCUCUGGUGGCUCUGAGAGCAGCACUGAUGAUAAUGUUCAGUACAGGAGAAAGGAGUUGGGUCUUUCCCGUGGCUGCACUGCAGACUCGGGUAUCAGCCUCAGGUUUUCAUCGUCCUCAGCAGAGAGCUUAUGUGGUAUUAGCAGACAGGUUCUCACAUACCUGCGAUCUCUGCAAGCUAACCUCAAUCACCUCAAGGAAGUAGAGAGCAGAUAUUAUCUGUUAAGGCAAAAACAAAACUCAGCUGACACUGGGGAGAACAAAGAUAAGCAGUAGCUCAGUGGAGGGUUCCAGGCUCGGAGCACUUCAGCCUUUGCUACACUCCAGAAGUCUUGCACAGAAAGAGAGAGAGAGAUUCAAAGAAAGAGAAAUGUGAUGAGCAAAACAGAGCAGUGCUUUGACAAAGUGUUUGCCCUCUCUUAAGGUCAGUUAGGAAAAAUGAACGGUACUGUCUACACUAAGCUUGUUCCGGCCACAUUGGACCGUCAAGUCCUGUCUAUCAACCAACUAGACCAACAAGACUGAUGACAAAAUGUGUACUUACAAAUAUAUAUAUGGUGUGUAUAUUAAACAUUUUAAAAUGACGAUGUAACAUUUGAAUCCUAGAUAUAUUUAUUUCAUUUCUUUCCGAAGUUGCUUGCGAGGUUUUUUUUUGUUCUUCAAAAAACGACUUGUGUUUGAGUAUGCAGUGUGUGCUGUUGCUACGUAUAUCAGAAGAUAAUCUCUGAGAGGUCUCUACUCACAUCUUGUGUAAAAGUGCACUAGUUUGCCUCCUCUUCUUUGAAAUCAAGAGGCUGAAACAUCUCAAGAGGAGGAGAGCAUGAAUCCUAAUAACUGGCUGUAAAUGCAGAAAAUAUAACCGUUGAAGUGGCUGGUAAUGCAAUACCUGAAAAUAAAGAAUCAGUGAUUGAGCA